GCUUGUGGUGGACGAGGAGCUGGGUCUGGCGCCCGACAUGGGCUGGCUUCCGGAGCGGGGCCGGCUGGCGGCGGGGCUGCUGGUGAACUUGGCGGCCUCCAUCUGCAUCGUGUUCCUGAACAAGUGGCUGUACGUGCGGACGGGCUUCCCCAACCUGAGCCUGACGCUGGUGCAUUUCGCCGUCACCUGGCUGGGGCUGUACGCGUGCCAGGCGCUGGGCGUCUUCGCGCCCAAGAGCCUGCGGCCCCGCCAGGUGCUGCCGCUGGCGCUCAGCUUCUGCGGCUUCGUGGUCUUCACCAACCUCUCCCUGCAGAACAACACCAUCGGCACCUACCAGCUGGCCAAGGCCAUGACCACGCCGGUCAUCGUGCUCAUCCAGAGCCUGGCUUACGGCAAGACCUUCCCCACCCGCAUCAAGCUCACCCUGAUUCCUAUCUCAUUAGGCGUUUUCUUAAAUUCCUAUUAUGAUGUGAAAUUUAACUUGCUUGGAAUGGUAUUUGCUUCUCUUGGUGUUCUAGUUACAUCUCUUUAUCAAGUGUGGGUAGGAGCAAAGCAACAUGAGCUACAGGUAAACUCUAUGCAGUUGCUGUACUAUCAAGCCCCAAUGUCUUGCGGUAUGCUGUUGUGUGUUGUACCCUUCUUUGAACCAAUAUUUGGGGAAGGUGGAAUUUUUGGUCCCUGGACGCUUUCUGCUGUGUUUAUGGUGCUGCUGUCUGGAAUAAUAGCCUUUAUGGUGAACUUGUCUAUUUACUGGAUCAUUGGGAAUACUUCACCAGUCACCUACAAUAUGUUUGGACACUUCAAAUUCUGCAUCACCCUCAUGGGAGGGUACCUCUUAUUUAAGGAUCCUUUGUCAAUUAAUCAAGGCCUUGGAAUUACAUGCACAUUGUUUGGCAUUUUAGCUUACACCCACUUCAAACUCAGUGAACAAGACAAGGGCAAGAGCAAGUUGGUUCAGCGUCCAUAAAUCAAGUUUUGGGGAAGAUGGCAAAUGAGUCCUUUUAAUAUGCACUGACUUUAAAAGAAGCUAGAUUAGGAAAUAGAUGCAUCCUACUUGUUAAUUAGGUACUAUAAUUCAGUUCUCUCAAGAAAUUAGGCACUACAUAGAACUCAACUUUUACAAUCUUGGUCCAUAUUUGUUUCUGUUACAUCUAAAUAGUUUCUUUAUUUAAAGAACUGUUCAUAAUUGCAAUGGCAAUUCUAAGAGUACUCUCCUAUUUAUACCAAAUGAACUCAUCAAAGGCAGAUGUGACAUAAAUUGCCAAAGGAAUUCAUUCUGCCCUUCUGAUCAUGUAAGUGUUACUAUUGUUAGAAAUAUUGUAAAGUCAAAUGAACACUGUAGCUUCUUAAUCUGGCAAAUGAUAGGAAACCAAUUUUUCAUCUCUUCUAGGGAUUUUUAAAAUGGACUUCUGAAUGGGAUCUUGUUUCUAAUACACCCAUGCAUGUAUAUAUUUUUCCUAUUUUUGAAUCUUGAUUAUGUAUUAAUUUCAGAAAACUGAAGUUUCUUUAUUCACAGUUUAGCAAAAUCUUGGCGUGUGUCAACACAAUUAAGACUUUCUAGCCUUCCAGAAUAUUUUAUAGCUCAGUGCAGGGCUGGCUCCUGUACUUUGAAAUGCUUUUUCUUCUGCCCUACAUCAGGGUUUAAUAAUAGCUUAUACAAGAGGGCAGAGUUUGUUAACCUACCAUUUUCAGCCAAUGCAGAUAUAGUACUUCCUAUCCCUUAGCUGGGUUUGAAUGCUCCCUCCCAGCUUGUGUGUAAAUUCCCAGUGAUUGUGGGUGUUCCAGAAAGUUUUGAAUUGGAAAAAUUUUCAAUGCAAAUUGGGUCAUUUGUAUCGGGAAAUUUUCUGUUUGCAUCAGAACGUUUUCUGAUACCCUAGACUAGAGAGAUUUAAUUUAGUAUGUUAAUUUGAUUUAUAUGUUGUAAAAAAAACAUUGAUUAAAAAAAAGUACCCGUGUUAAUUUUUUACACCACAAAUACUUGAGUGAAAAAUUAAUGCAGACUUAGUGUGAUUUAAAUGUUAUGUAAACAUUUUUAUUGGAAUACGUGUAAAAAAAUUAAAGACGAUGUACUUUCCUUAAGUUGUUUAGAUUUAAGAAAAAAAUAAUGGUCAGUAUCCAAGCCUGACUGUCCAUGCGCGGAACCUACCACUGCUUCCAUUCCAUGCAGGUCCAGCCCUGCCAAUUCCAUUGUGCGCAAACAGCCCCCACCGCUUGCACAAUGGCAGACUAGCGCUUCUGGGGGCAUGCCUUGGAAUGAGCAGAAACACUCGUUUCUAUAAGGAGGCAGGGUCAGUGGAGCUCUCUUAUGUGGGAGCUCCUUGCGCAACAGAAUUGGCGGGACUUGACGCUGUUGGAUACUACCCAGAGGUGCUACAAAGGUUGACAACCUAAUUAAUUUUAGCAAUCAAAGUGCAUGAUAUGCUGACAACCAGUGUUUCACUGUCAUUACUUAUUAGUUUCAUUUCACUCAAAGGAUAUAUAUGUAUUUCAAUGACAUACAUGUAUUCUCUCACAUACUUGCUUGGAAUUAUCUCCUAAAAAUAUUAAUUACAACUUUGAAACUGCUAAGCUUGCCUAAAACAGUAUUUCCAAUUGGCAUUUUUACUAAUGAACUCAUGAAAUUUAAAUUCUAUACGCAUCCAACUUUAAACUUGGUACAGAUAGAUCUGCACCAGUGUCAUAACCAUAGUUAAUGCUAAGCAGAAUUUAGUCAUAUGAUGCAUAACAAUGUUUAAUUGGGGUGGAGGGGAUUGGUAUGUGAUUGAUGAAAGGGUGGGUGGAUGAUGCAUGUGAUCACUUGAUAUAAAUAAAGGAUCCAUAGGGUGGCACCUACACCAGCCCCUUAUAAUGGAAUGGAACAGGCUUGAAGAUGGGAAUGCUUUAUGAAAAAUUCUGCCUUAAUUGACAAAUGGUGUCAGGUUUCUGUACAAUUUGAAAGCACAGUGGCAGGAUAAUCUUUUUCAGGAAGGGAAAAGUUAAACAUCUAGAGUAGUUGGAUGUUUUCUAAAUCAAACUUUAUUUGCUUUUCAAGAAUGAGUGAUUCAUAACUAUUUAGUAUAAUCAUACCUUAGAAAUCCAACAGAAGCUGUGGGACUUGGCUAGCUGCGAAAGCAUGUUGCCCCCACCACAAUUCUAGUGAAGAAAGCAAGGCCUGUAAUAAACUGGGCGUGUGAAGGUUGCCAAGGCGGGCUGAGGAGCAUUGGCUGGUUUUAAAUGCUAAGCAUUUUUAUAUGGGGUCCAGAUCUGCAACUACAAUAAAUAUUGCAAUCCUAUGAACUAGUAACUCAUAUUUUUAGAAAUAUCAGCAGAGUUGUUCAUUUAUUUAGAAGCACUGUUAAUUCGGGGGGGGGAAUGGAAUUUUUUUCCUUUUGUGUCUCAAAAUGGUUUUGGAGCCUAUGUUUUUUUGUAUAUCCUGACAACUUGCAACUUUAUACAGGGGGGAAAUUGCAAGAGCUGACAAGGAACUGUGUGCCUUUGCUCCGCUUCCAAGUAGAUUCUAAUACUAACAGAAGACUGCAACCGUACGUUCUAGCUGUAUAAAGCUAGAACACGGUGCUUUCAAAGAGAAAUUGGCUUUGGAAAAUAUGUAACUUCUGCCUCAGAAGCUGCAAAGUUCAUUUGACACUCAAACUUAGAAGAACAAUGACAUUAAAAUGCUGUUUGUUUGCUUUGUCUGUGUUUUUAACAACUUGUAUGUUUAAGAGCAGAACUUAAUGUACUGUCUAUAUUGUAUGUUUAAUUUUGUCCAUGAGGUUUUAGGAAAAUGUAAUAUGAGCAAGAACAAAUAACCGAAUUCAGCAACUCCUAUAUCUCUUCCAGUAAAUUGUCUUAACAACUAUGAUCCAGACUUCAGAUCCCAAAUGUGUUCAGUGAUUUGACCAGCGCAGUAUAGAAAAAUGAAUCUCACGAAUGUGACUUGUGCAAUGUUUUAGUUUACUGAUUGAUUCAAUUCUCAAAACUUUUCAGUUGUGUUCAAGGCCAAAUCAAUAGCCCUAUACUAUUUUUGUGGAUUUUUGUCAGUAUUAUGGUAGAACAUUUCAUCUCAUGACCAGCUAGAUCUUAAGCAUUAUGCAAACUGAAGAAUGCUUUAAAUACAUUGUUAGCUAGCUGUGAUUUGUAUUAAAAAUAGGCUGCAGACAAAAAGGUUCAGGACAGUAUGAUCUUCAAGUGCAUAUUGUUCCAAUGUGCAUUGAUAAAGCAAUUUGCACUAAUUUUGUGCUGUGCACAAGCUUUUCUGAAAUGUAAAUCUAUCACAAGGAUCUGUUUAGUUAGAAACAAAAGACUAAUUCAGAUGCUUGCAUAAAGACACAAAAUAGCUUCAAUCAACAGUGUGGCUUAAAGAGCUAUAACGUUCCUACAAGCCAGUCCUGUGUUUGAAAGGGUAACAAAAAAGACAAAUAUACUAAGUCGCAGUUCAGCAUAUUCUUCCCUCCCCACUGAAACGUUCUCAGACACAGGACAGAAUGGUAAAUCUCUCCAUAUCAUUCAACUGUGACACAGUUUGCUGUUGUAACAUAAUAAUGUAGCAUAAUAAUAGCUGUCCAGCUGCAUCUUGAAGGCCUCUAGUGUGGGAGAGCCCACAACCUCCCUAGGUAAUUGGUUCCAUUGUCGUACUGCUCUAACAGGAAGUUUUUCCUGAAGUCCAGCUGGAAUACAGGAAGCCAUAUUCCAGCUGGACAUCAGGAAAAACUUCCUGACUGUUAAAGCAGUACGACAAUGGAACCAAUUGCCUAGGGAGGUCAUGGGCUCUCCCACACUAGAGGCAUUCAAGAUGCAGGACAGCCAUCUGUCAGGUAUGCUUUAAGGUAAGAUUCCUGCAUUCAGUAGGGGGUUGGACUCAAUGGCCUUAUAGGCCCCUUCCAACUCUACUAUUCUAUGAUUCUGUGAAAUACAGUGUACAAUAAGAAUGUACAGGGUUCAACUAGAAUGGUACAAAUAGUCUGCACUGGAGUUGGUCUCAGUGGCAAGAAUGUAAAUGAAUUACACAAGGUUAUUUAAUAAUGUGCCACCCAAAUAUUUGCAUCCUGUAGUAACAAUGAUUUUUUUAUGGAAAGACUUGGUUUUGCUUAUGAAUAAAAUAGUUCUUAAUAUUA